AUGCACAAACGAUCUACGGUACAUUUACGAGCUAUAAACAAGUGGCUUCAAACUGAACAUAAUUUUCGCACUGGCAAUCUACUUGAUAAAGAGUGCGAAAAAUUUUUAAGACUUGAAACAGCACGAUACGAACAAGUUUUAACAAGAAUAACUGCUGUUAUUUUAUAUUUGACGCAACAUAAUUUAGCUUUCCGAGGAAGUUCCGAUACUUUGUACAUACCGCACAAUGCCAUAAAAGGGCAUCAUUAUUUAUCGCAUUCAAUUCAAAACGAAUUAAUAAGUGCAAUAGCAAAUAAAGUAAAAAAAGUAAUUAUUGAUGCAAUAAGGAAAGCAAAAUAUUAUUCUAUUUUAUUGUAUUGUACACCAGAUUGCACAAGAUCAACGAUUCAAACGAAUUUGAAUUUAUUGCCAGUCUUAUCAUUUGGUACGAAAUAUUAUCAAAAACUAACAUCGUCAGCAAAAAAUGGAGGAUUUAGCAAAGCUAUGAUCGCAGCAAAUGAAGCUGCAAAGGAAACGGACAUAACACCAGAUUCCAAAUCACCAUAUUGGUUCAAAAAUAGAAAUUAUUCGAUUAUGAAGGACAGGAUGAAUCAUCGAUGA